GCUUCCGUCACUCUAGACAACAACAAUGACGGCGACACGUUCAUGGAAGCGGCAGGGCACGGUGACGGUGCUAGAGAAACGCAAGGACUUGGCUUCGACGAGGCCGAUACGCUCAUAAACGAGAGCCCAGAGCAGCAACCAGGGACAUAUCCGAAAACUGUCAAGAAGGACAAGGCACCCACGAAGAAGAAAGAGGCACAGUCUCUAACGGAGAGGCGAUCCACGCUUGCGACCAUGGACAGCUCUUCGCAACACUUCCAGGCGCUAAUGCACCUCGCUGGCGACCCGGCUUUUGUGCUACGACGCAUCCAGCAGCAGCAGCAGCAACAGCAGCAUGGCUCGCUCGAGCCGGAGCAGGGAUACGACCCGCCCAGGCGUCAGUCGUGCUGGUUAGCCCUGCCGAGUGGCGACUCCUUCAUGCUUAACGCGAACCUUUUUGACGACGCGCUUCUCUCCUCAGCAACCAGCCAGUUCGACGCCCCCUCUCGACAUCUGUCUUACUAUGCUGCUUCGAAUCUCUCCGACGCAUGCUACUCGUUUCCUUCCUUAUCAUCAUCGUCUAACUCUUUCUCUUCCUCAUCGUCUGUCAUUCGCUCCCCUGCACUCCUACCCGCGCUCAGCGGCGGCGGCAAUGGCAGCAGAAACGGCGGCGGCGGCAAGAGCAACAUGGCCAUGACACUAGCCCUCGUCGCCGCCAGCAUUGCACGCACGGCCGCGUCUCCGGCCAAACAGCAUGAGCCUGCCGCGUUCUCACAGAACAUCUGCGAGUGCGCAUCUUCCGACGCAUUGUCUGGCGACAUUAUGCGCCAAAUGCAAGACAUGCAUGGGCUAGGCCUAGGUGGCGAGGGCUUUGGUGGCGAGGACCUGGGUGGCGGGGGCUCCAAGACUAUGUGAUUUUUCAGCUGCUUGCCGUGAACAUCCGAACCGCCUGCGCGUGUGCCCUCGUUUUCUCUUCUUGCAACCCGUCACAUUCUGUCUAAACUUCUCAGCAUUUUUGCGAAAGUCAACA